AUGUCAGAUGCAACGACAAAGAAGCUAACGGAAGAGAUUGCGCGGCUUGAAUCUGAUCUAAAAACCCUUGAAGCUUCUUGCACAACAUCAGAGGCAGCUAAGAAAAUUGCCGGGUACUGCCAAAGCACGGCAGAUCCGUUUCUUGGAGAAAAUGAAGGUGGGUUUCUUGAUAAGGAAAUUGAUAAUGAAGAGCCAAACACGGUGCUUAACGGCGUUGUCACAUUCGGCAAAGCUACCUAUAAACUCGACUUUUACACAAGCGUGCGAACAUUGUAA